GCAGACUGCUUCUACGACUACAGCUGGAGGCGCUCCGCAGGAGGGAAGUCCACAUCUGCCGCGAGCGGCGCCGUCCAAGCCUCUCAACUUCCAGUUUUGAGCCUUUCUCCGCGCGGGGCCACCAUGCUCGGCUUCCACGCCGGGAUCUGCGUCAGACACCUCGAGCUGCACCGAGAUGGCAAACGCUGAGCGGAACAAGAAGAUCCUCCUGGAGCUGGUGAAGCAGGGGGACAACAGCCGCUGCGCCGACUGCGGCGCGCCCGAUCCAGAGUGGGCGUCGUACGUUCUAGGCGUGUUCGUGUGCCUCAACUGCUCUGGAACUCACCGCAGCCUGUCCAGUCGGGUCAAAUCCAUAAAGCUGGACAACUGGGAGGACGACUGGGUGGAGAACAUGAGAUCCAAAGGCAACGCCAGCGUCCGGGCGCUGUAUGAGAAGGCCGUGCCGGUGUACUACUACCGCCCCCAGCAGAGUGACUGUGCUGUCCUGAGAGAGCAGUGGAUUCGCGCUAAGUAUGAAAGGAAGGAGUUCACAGGGGAAAUGAAGUAUCCACCAUUAGCAUAUACUACAGGCAUCUAUGAGGGGAUGCUGGUGAAGAAAGGAAAGGAGAAUACGCGCUUCCUGAUGAGGAAGUUCGUCCUGUCCGACAGAGAAUUCACCCUGACCUACUACAACCGGGAGAACGAGGCCAAAGGGCCCAAAGCCGUGAUCCCCAUCAAAGACCUGAACGCCACCUUUCAGCCGGAGAAGAUCGGCCACGCCAACGGGCUGCAGCUCACGUACCAGGAGGAAGAUCACAUCAGGAACCUCUAUGUUUAUCAUGAGAGUGCUGUGGAAAUAGUGUCAUGGUUCAACGCCAUUCGCGCCGCUCGAUACGCCUACCUUAAGACGGCGUACCCGACGGGCACUGAUAAGGAGCUGAUACCAAUGAUUACGAGAAACUACCUCAAAGAGGGAUACAUGGAGAAGACGGGGCCGUCGAGAAGGGAGCCUUUCAAAAGGAGAUGGUUUAUUUUAGACUUUCAAAGCAGGAAGUUGUUCUACUUCAACGCAAAGCUGGACGCAGAGGAGUUAGGGGUCAUUUUCAUCGGCACAGAGAGCAACGGCUACUCCGUGCAGGAGUACGUCCCAAAGCGCACCCGGGGAAACAAGUGGAACUGGGGUGUCGCCGUGGAGACGCCGGACCGGCAGUUCAUCUUCAUGUGCGAGAACGAGCGGGAGCAGAAGGAGUGGGUGGACGCCCUCAAGCAGGUCCUGUCCAAGAUCAUGUCACCGCAGGAUUAUGCCACAGAAGCCAACGCCAAACACAAGUGAUGAAGAGCAGAGAGAUACAAAGACAAGGCUGACAAUGAACUGAGCUCCCGCAGCACAACAGGCGAACGCUGAUCUGGUGUGUGGAUCAGCACUGACCUUGACUGGACCACUGGGGAGUAGACCCGAACUGACACUGUAAUAUAGUAGGGCAGGACAGUCUGCUGUGAUUGAACCCCACAAGUAUAAAUUGUUACAUUUUCUGCAGAUGUGUAAUGAAUAUGCAAAGAAAAUACAUGACUUUUUCCAA